AGUGACCUCAUGGGGGAAGGAGGGGCCGGAGCAGUUGGCCAGGCGUCCCAAGGGUGUGGCUGGCUGAAAAUCAGCCAGGCAGCCACUUUGGGGUCUCCCAGAGGGCGGCAAGUGCCAGCGAGGAGGAACAAGCCCAGCGCCAGGUGAGUGUCUGGAUACCUGCCCCUAGAACCCACCUGGGCUGCCCUUCUGGGUGCAGGGAUGCGAGGUAGGUCUGCCGGGGGAGACGGCACUGUCUCAGCACCCUGCAGGGACUCCCUGGAUCUGAGGCAGUUCCUGGAAGGAGACUUAGCAGGGGAAACCCUCUCCUGAAAUCUUCCAUCUUGUUCCGUGUGUGUAAAGGCUGUCAGCAUUUCUGUGUGAUUUUAUUUUCGGGAGUGUUUCUUAUUUUAUUGUAUGGCUUGUUUAUUUGAUGGACAUUUUUCCAGAACAAGACUGCUCAGAGGCAUUUUUAUAUAAUAAUAAUAAUAAUUUAUUAUUUAUACCCCGCCCAUCUGGCUGGGCUUCCCCAGCCACUCUGGGCGGCUUCCAAAAAAAUAUUAAAAUACUGUAAUACAUUAAAAGCUUCCCUGAACAGGGCUGCCUUCAGAUGUCUUCUAAAAGUCUGGUAGUUGUUGUUCUCUUUGACAUCUGGUGGGAGGGCGUUCCACAGGGAGGGCGCCACUACCGAGAAGGCCCUCUGCCUGGUUCCCUGUAACUUGGCCUCUCACAGUGAGGAAACCGCCAGAAGGCCCUCAGCGCUGGACCUCAGUGUUCGGGUAGAAUGAUGGGGGUGGAGACGCUCCUUCAGAUAUACUGGACAAGGCCGUUUAGGGCUUUAAAGGUCAGCACCAACACUUUGAAUUGUCCUCGGAAAUGUACUUUUCAAUAUGUUUUAAAAAAUGACAACAAUCUUAAAAAACACAGGUGCGAUGGAGCAGAGUGGCUGGAGAAACCCAGACAGAUGGGUGGGGUAUAAAUAAUAAAUUAUUAUUAUUAUAGUAUUAUAAUAAUAAUAAUAAACUGCAACAAACCGAUUUCAUGGUUUACAUGCAGCAGCAUUUGAAAUGACAACGGCAACUUCUAGCUCAGUUGGUAGAACAUGAGACACAACCUCAUGGUCAUGGGCAAAAGAUCCCUGAGGGUUGGACAAGAUGACCCUCAUGGUCCUUUCCAACUCUACAACUCUAAAAACAUCAACAUCUGAACGCCAGUUUGGUCAAUACUGCAGGCAGGCUGUCACUGAAGCCAAAGUUUCCUCCCAACUGAUUAUGGGCUCCUGCUCAGAAUAGAGUCCACCCUCCGGUAUGUAAGAUUUGCAUCUUACAAAUAAGAAAUAGGCACAGAAGGCAAGUUAAAAAUGAAAGGAAUGAUUAACCCUGAUUUUUUAUAUAUCCUGAUUUCCUCUCCCCCUUCCCCCCCCCCGCCCCAAAGUUCAACUGGUGCAGUUUUCAGUCUCUUAUCUCCCAGCCUUUCAGCACUGGGGGGAUUUUAAUUCUCCCUAAUUCUAUAGCCCCCCCCCCUAUUUCUGGGGCUUCACCAAGGAUCACACCCCACAAAUGUCCUGACCCCACAAGUAGCUUAUCCCUUGACUGAUACAUGCCAGGGACUCAGCUGUCCUGUCAGGGUCUGCAGCAGCCACAUUGACAUUUGAAUGUUUAGAUUAGCACUGCAGGCAGUUGUCCAAACUGGGUUGCCACAUUUUUUCCCCUGGCCCUGCUCCUGUGCAUUGUAUAGCUACCCCACCCCUUAACAGGUAUGGGAAGCCUCUGAAUCUCAGGGUUAUGGGUUCAAGUUCCAUGCUGAACAAGAUUCCUGCAUUGAAGGCUACACUUCUAUGAUGCCUGACACAGAGGAAAUCUGAUGCUGUAAGUGGAGCUGUGGGUUAAACCACAGAGCCUAGGACUUGCCGAUCAGAAGGUCGGUGGUUCGAAUCCCCGCGAUGAGGUGCGCUCCCGUUGUUCGGUCCCUGCUCCUGCCAACCUAGCAGUUCGAAAGCACGUCAAAGUGCAAGUAGAUAAAUAGAUACCGCUCUGGUGGGAAGGUAAAUGGCGUUUCCAUGCGCUGCUCUGGUUCUCCAGAAGCGGCUUAGUCAUGCUGGCCACAUGACCCAGAAGCUGUACGCUGGCUCUCUCGGCCAAUAAAGCGAGAUGAGCGCCGCAAUCCCAGAGUCGGUCAAGACUGGACCUAAUGGUCAGGAGUCCCUUGACCCUUUACUUUUAAACCUUCACCUCUGGAGUGUGCGGUUAGGGUUAACACUUUCCCCAUUCCCACCCUCCCUUGGACUCACUCUCCCUAAACUGCAUAGCAAGCACUUUAGACAAUCAACACAAUCUUAAUAAUCCCCUUGCCUCGCAGCUUGGAGCAGGAAGCAUCCUGUCCAAAGCUGUCAACCUUCCCUUUUUGCGGGAAAUUCCCUUAUUCCAGCGCCGUUUCCCACUGCUUCCCGCUGCUAUCCCAGAUUGUUAGAUAUCCCAUAGACUGUCCCCGGGACAGUUGAGGCUGCUGAUCCCUUAUUUUCAAAUCUGAAAGUUGACCGCUAUGCUCCUGUCCCCUGGCAAGGGCAUUGCUUGUGUGCAGGGAGGAAAGCACCCCCAGUUGAACUUUGGCCUGACUGUAUUGGUGCGCAUGAGCAAGCCAGGGAAAAACAGGCGGCUGCUCCCUCCCAGCCUUCCUCUCCCUUCUGUCUGCCACAUUCGUUGACACUCUUCUUCCAAAGGGGAGCGGCAGCCAGACAACUGGUUAAAAGCAGGGAGAGAGAUGGCAAAAUAUUGGUUUUGGCCACCUGCCCAACUCCUAAGAAAAGCUCUACAGAGUUGGCUGAGUUUAGGAGGAAAUACUGCCCUUCCUGGUCAGAGAGAGGACCUAUUUUCCCCGCUGCCUUCAAUCCUAGAAUCAUAGAAUUGUAGAGCUGGAAGGGACCUCAGGGGUCAUCUAGUCUAACCCUCUGCAAGGCAGGAAUCCCCGCACCAAGCAUUCAGGACAGAUGGCCAUCCAAGCUCUGCUUCCAAACCUGCAAGAAAGCAUUUCAAUGAAAGGACUGGAAGUGGUGACUUUGAAGGCCUUCGUAUGCCAACUUCCCUGUUUCCUUCCUUGAGUGCAGAGACUGUAUUUUCCAUGGAAGCAGGACUCUCUUUUUUGCACCACUUUUAAUGGUUCUGUGAGACACGGAGAAAAAGGACAAGCAGGACAUUCCAGUGUCAAAAAAAACAACUGGGAUGGCUUUUGUAGUUCUGGAAUUGUCCCCGGAAAAGCAGGGUCUGAGAGUUAUAUUGUUAGGCCAUUUGACAGAAGAGCUCCUAUUGCCUUAGCUGCUGUUAUGUGUGGGGUUUGGGGUAUGUGUGAAAGCACUUAUCCCCGUGUCUUUGUAAUGUCUGUAACAGUGAUAUAUAAUUUCUUACAUAUAAAUGAAAAAUACAACUGAUGAUUUUUCAACCAUUUCUCCCCACACUCUUUCUUCUAUAGAGCUGGGGUGAUCUGCUGCUAGCUUGAAAGGCAUCUCUCCCAUUGAUCAUCCGGCUGUAACUUCUCGUCCUGUGGCUCCCAGGAUCUUCCUGCUGGAUUCCCAUGGAUCGCGGGCUGACUGUCGAAAACCCCUAUGCCAGCGUGAGCCUCCCUCGUGCCCAGCUCCCAGGCAGCUUCCUGAAGUAUUACCUGGGCGAGGGCUGCACCCCAGACACGGUUCUCUCCGACCCCAGCAGCUGCUGCACUUACUCGGUGCAGGAGAAGGAGUGGGAGGCCGCUCCACAGGGGGUGCCACCCAACGCCCCCUGGGGCACGCAGAGGAUCUCGACGCAGGAAUCGUGGGCCCAGCCCUACAACCCCUAUGCCAGCCUCAAGAUGCCCCACCAGGGCUCUCCACAACCCUUCCACUGGAAGAGCCAGCAGGAGGGCUGCUGCUGCUCCUGUUUCAGAAAAUGCUGCCCCUGCUGCUGCAGGAAAUGCGCCUGCGUCAUCUCCUAACUCUGCCGGCGUUCACUGGGGGUUGCUCCCAGUCUGCUCUCCAGGUGUCUCUCUGCAGGCACACUUGAGGGCGCAGAGUGGGGCAGGAGCUCUCCCUGGACCCCUUUUUCUUCUGCGUCUCUGAACUGGAGGUGGGUCAGGUGGAUGGGGAGGCAGGGAGUUGCUGGCUACUUGGGUGCCAGAAUUGAGGGCCUCGGGGCCAAAAUUGGGCCCUCUAGGGCUUUGUAAGAGCACCCAUCACCUCAGUCCUUUGGAGGCAGAGGUUGCCAAACCCCAAACCUGUGGAAAGGCUGGUCUGGGGCAACUGGUCGCCAGGGUUCCCUUUCAUUAUGGGCCAAAUCAGCUGCUUCGAGGGGGACUCUGCCUCCCCUUCCGCCUCCUCUCUUCCUCUCCAGCACAGACUCGUUUUUUCCACAUUCCCAUGAGCUUUCUGCUCUGUUCUUCCCUUAUCCGAAGUGAAAGGAGCUGCUGUGGUUGCCUUUCUGGGCAUGAGGUGACAGAACAUUCCUAGGACUCACACACCAAAGAAAGCUUUGUGGGCCAAAGCAGCUGUGCCCUUGAGCCUCCAUUGGCAGCGCCACUCAGCCUCAGCUCCCCAUAUUUGGUGCACAGUCUCUCUCUUCCUCCUCCUCUGCCACUGCAAAGGCUUCCUAGUGUCCCUUGGAAGUAGGGUGGCCGUCUGCGGGAACUGGCUGCUUUGUGGAGGGCAGGGAGCCACACACCAACUGCCUGGUGUCACAAGGCUGGGAAAUAUAUUCUGUUGCCAAGGAAAAGAACCCCAGAGGAUCCUGACCGUUGCCUGGGUGCUGUGCUCUUAACGGUUCAUAAUAAAGAAACAGAAGACAAAGGAAAAUAUAUCCACUAUUCUUCUUUUUAACUCUUGCACAUUGAAAGCACC